AUGUGCACUGUUAGGUGUCUUAUAGCUUUUGCUGUCAAGAAACAGUGGUCCCUAUUUCAAUUAGAUGUUAAUAAUGCAUUCCUCCAUGGUGACCUAGAUGAAGAGGCUUCUAGGCAAUGGUAUGCUAAGCUGUCACAAACUCUUUGUUCUAGAGGUUAUACCCACUCCCUUAAUGAUUACUCACUUUUAGUCAAAAUAUCUGAUCACUCCUUUGUCUUCCUUGCUGUGUAUGUUGAUGACAUCAUCCUUACUGGGGAUGAUUUGGAUGAAAUUUCUGCUUUGCAAUUUUUUCUAUAUGAUCAGUUUAAAAUCAAGGAUUUGGGUUUGUUACAUUAUUUUCUGGGUGUUGAGGUGCUCUACCAUGAUUUUGGGGUAUUGUUACACCAAAAGAAGUUCAUUUCUGAUUUGUUGGGUGAAUUCCAUUGUACUGAUGUUUCCCCAGUAACUUCCCCUUUGGCCUUGACUAUCAAGCUGCAUGCUUCUUUGGGUGAUCUGCUUCCUAAACCUGAUGCUUAUAGGUGUCCCAUUGGUAAGCUCACCUUCCUAACCCACACUCGACCCGAUCUUUGUUUUGUUGUUCAAAAUCUUAGCCAGUUCCUCCACACUCCCAGAGUCCCUCAUAUGGAUGCUGCUCUGCAUGUUUUAAGAUACUUGAAGGGUACUUCUGAGAUUGGUGUCCACUUAAAUAACUCCCCUACUAUGUCCUUGGUUGGUUGCUGUGAUAGUGAUUGGGCAGCCUGCCCUAAUUCUAAGCACUUCGUCACUGGUUUUUGUGUUUUCUUGGGUAAUAGUCUCUGUUACGCCCUAUUUUGA